GUUUCUUGGUUUCUUCUGGCGAGUUUUAGUGGCUGUUUCAGAGUAGAUGGCGGCAGCAAAGCUCGUUCUUCUUCUACUCUUUAUUGCCUUGGUUUUCACGCAGGUGGCCGCUGAUAUUCCGUUCGACGAAGACGAUGCGUCGGCGCAACCAGUCGUCGAAUCCGCCGGCGCCGAUGCGUCUGCUCUCAAGUCUAAGAUCCACGCUCUUGAAUCCGAGCUAGAUGCGAAAACUGAAGAGUUGAGCAGGAAAAAUGAGGCGAUUGCGCAGAAAGAGAAAAUCAUUAGAGAGAAGUCUGAAAUCAUUACGUCUUUGCAAACUGAAUUGUCAUCUAUUCAGAAAAAAGGCAAAUUAGAUGCUCAGGAACAGGUGGGAAAGGCUCACACACGAGCUGUUGAAUUGGAGAAGCAGGUUGUUGAACUUAAAGGUGAAUUGGAAGCAAAACAAAAGGAGAAAGAAGCAUCGGAAGCUCGGGCAAAUGAAUCUGAGAAGAAGUUGAUUGAAUUGAAUUUGAAGCAUGAAAAUCUUCAAAAAAUCAGUGAUGAACAGAAGAGUAAAAUACGUAAAACUGAACGAGCUCUCAAAGUUGCUGAGGAAGAGAUGAUAAAGGCAAAGUAUGAAGCCACUUCAAAAAAUAAGGCUUUGAUGGAGGUGCAUGGUGCAUGGCUUCCCCCUUGGCUUGCUGAACACUUGGUCCAUUGCCAGGAGUUCAUUGAGACCCAUUGGAAUGUGCAUGGAAAACCUGCCAUGGAUAUAGCAAUAAAGAAGGCCCUUGAGAAAAAGGUCCAGGUUAAAAAGUGGGCUGAACCACAUCUGGAGACUGUAAAAACUAAAUGGGCUCCAGCUAUGAAGGAGCAGUGGUUGGUUGUGAGAACACGAGUUAAACCACAUGUGCAAUCACUAACUGCCAAAACAGUUGAAGUUUAUGAGUUAUCAAAAGCUACAGUGACUCCACAUCUUGUCAGAAUUCAAGAAAUAGUUGAUCCUUACUUCCAGGAAGCUAAGAAGUUAAGCAAGCCAUAUAUUGAUCAGAUUGCAACUAUUGCAAAACCUCAUGUUGAAAAAGUACGAGUCGUGAUAAAGCCUUAUUCAAAGAAGGCAGUUCAUGCUUAUCGAAAGUUUCUGGAAUCAGCGACGACUUACCACCAUCAGGUUCAAGCCACUGUUCGAGAAACAUUGAAGCGGCAUGAACUGACAGAACCUCUUGCAACUAGAGAGCUGGAGUGGUUUGCGGCCUCUGCUUUGUUGGCCUUACCUAUCAUUAUUGUGUUUAGAAUUUCAUCAGCUAUUUUCUGCAAGAAGGCAAAAAAACCUGCUCGACAUGCUCAUAGCCACCAUACUCGUAGAAAGGCAAAACGGGGACAUCCAGACCAAUAGAUUACCAUCAAUUCUCUAACACUAGUGGAAUAUUGGAGGGUUGGAUGCUUAUCUUCAUGGGCUAUAUAUUAUUCAAGUCUUCAACCUUAAAGAUCUGCCAAGGAGCUUUGAUGAUGCCGUUUUCUGAAGCCAGUGAAUCCCAUUUCCUUUUACGAUCAUGGAAAUGUUUAGAGCCCAUUCUACACGGUUAGACAUUCUUAGAAAUGUAGGAAUUCACGUACCGACACUGUGUGAAUUAAUGUUGUCACUGUAAUUUAAUUAUUAUUAUUAUUAUUUUUUUCGGUGGAAAUAUGGAAAUAUAUAUAACAAAACACA